GUCGUCAUCUUCAUCGUCUAAGAAGAGAGGUCCUACCCGAGGUUCAGAAUUACAUGAGAGGACUUCAGUGAAAAGGGUCAUUGGGAUUAAUGAAUUUGGGCAACCGAAUAUAGGGGUGCAAAUCAGAUCGCAUUCAAUUCAAGCAUUGGUGUUCUCACCCGUGCACACAUUCCGAUCACCUACAUAGACUUUCGGUUGGUGCCUCCACAAUACAUUCAGAGGGUCGGUGAUAUCCUGGCAUAUAGUUAUGAAUUUCAGGAUAACCAAGAAGCGUGGUCACCAUACAUUCAUGAUCGCUGUAAGGCUGCUUGGAGAAAUUUCAAGAACACUUUGCAUGCAAAGUAUAUUAAGGACAAGGAUCCUGCAGUUGUGAAAUCUUAUCCUGCCCCUAUUGGUGUCCCUAUUGAGGAUUGGAUGAUCUUCGUGGAUUAUUGCAAUACUGAUAAAUUCAAGGAAUCAAGUGUAAGAAAUGCAUCCAAUCGAGCCAAACAAGUUGGCCCUUCUACACUUGGUCGGCGUAGCAUGGCUGCCACACGUCAUGAGAUGGCAAUUGAGAGGAAUCUUACUACUGAUGCCGAGGUUGGUAGGGCUGAGGUGUACAUCCGAGCCCAUACAACAAAGGAUAACAAAGUGCAGUUUCCAGAAACCUUUGAAAAAAUAAAAUCGAUUCAAAGUAGUAAUCCCGCAUCUCGGAUGACUAGUGUAAAUGAUGCCCUUACACAGUUAAUUGGGAGUGAUAGUAGAGGGCGCAUGCGGGGGAUAGGUGGAAAUGUAGGUAAGAUUACAUUGAAGAAGACAAUGCCUAUUGUACAUAAGCUCGGUGUGGUGUCGCGGGAACGAGAUAAUUUGGUAGAUAAAUUAGAUGAAAUGCAGAAAAGCCUAGGAGAUCUCCACCAGAAGUUUCAAUGCUUUGUAGAUAAGCAAGGGGAACAAGGGGAUGUGGCUCCACCGACAAUUCCUCCAUUUAAAUCUAGUCAUGCAUCAUCGCUUGAUUUGGUAAAUCUUGGCAAGAGAUGCGAUCUCUGUGAUUGGAAGAAACGGGUAAUUGCUCGUGGUGAGGUGCAUGCAGUGGAUCCAAAAACCUGUGUCCAUGGAGCAGAAAUGGGCGAUGGAAAUUUUAGUGUUGUCCUGAUGGAGAUUAUAGCUCCGCAAUCAGAGCUAUGGAAGGAAGAUGGUUAUCAUGAUACGCUUGGAGAGGUGUACAGAAAUUACACCUCAAACAGAGUAUCAUCUGCUGUAAGUUACUUCAAGGGAUCUGGUUUUGAGUGUUGCAGGAUCAUCUGCUGAAGUUGCACUGGCUGGUUCUUACCCCAAAGGU